AUGAAAUCGAAGAUUUAGUUUUUGGAGUAGCUAAAAGAUGCCAAGAUAGUCCAAACCAGAGUUAGGGAAGAUACAGGAAUCAUCUAAUACAAUGCUGGACAAUUGAUUGAUUAUAUAGAGUAGUUGCAUAAGCUUAAAAAGAAUCAAAGUCACAUUAUCUUGGUUGAUUCUGACCUUUACCCGAGAGAUGGAUGGAAUUACAUUUUUGGUUCUACAAAAGCAAAGUCAAGAAUUUGCCUGAUAAGUAUUGCAAGACAUGAUCCCAAUUUCGGUAUCAAAGGUUUAAGUGUUCCGUUAGAUAUUAACAAAAUAAUGUACAGAGCAAUUAAGACAUCUACUCAUGAGUUUUGCCACAUUCUACAGAUGCAGCACUGCCAAUACUAUGAAUGUUUGAUGAACGGUUCUAACAAAUUAGAGGAGGCAGACAGAAAGCCCUUUUUGCUAUGUCCAGUAUGCACUCGAAAGCAAAGAACCUAUCUGAAAAUAGAAGAUAAUAUAAUCUAGCACUAUGAAGAGAUCUUAGAUUUUAUUGAAAAGAGACUUCCUGGCAUAUUUCAAUCAGAGAUAGAAAUGUACUCUAAAAUGAUACACGACAUGAAGAAUUACGACUCUGAUGAUAGAUAUAACACUAGUUUCUAAUUCAACUAAAAUCAAGAGCAGCACAACUAUACUUAAGACAAUGAUCGCACAUACGAGCCUAGUGAAUACACCAAUCGGACUAUUAAUACAGAUGAUCCAGAGAAAGGACAAAUUAAGAAAUAAGAGGGAGGAGGAGAUGAGAUUUCUUCGAAAUUUAAGUGUGGAUGCUGUCAAAAGCUUAAGCAACUCAUUAGGUGCUUUAAGAAGUAGGAAUCUUGA